AAUAAAUAGAAGCGCCAAUUUCCCAAACCACAACUGAAAUCUUAACCGCUUUUCACUUGCCUCUCUCUCUACAUGGCGUUUCCUUCUCCACCACCGCCCUACUCUUCCGCUUUCCUCUUCCUCCUCCUCCUCGCCGCCGCCGCCGCCGAUUCCACCACGCAAACCCAAGAAUUCGAGGACAUGCUGCAGUCGCUCCGGAACUACGGCUACUCUCUAUUCACCAACGGCAUCGCCACAUCGGAUCUGAAAUACGAGCUCCUCGCCGCCGCCGCCCCCAAUUUCACGCUCUUCGCCCCAAGAGACGAGCUGCUCUACGCCCUGGACAUGGCGACCGACGCCGCCAUCUACGUCAGCACCCUCCGCUACCACGUGAUCCCCAACCGCCACACUUUCGCCGACCUCAAGAACCUCUCCGCCCCCUUUCUCGACACCCUCCUCCCCGACUACGCCGUCUUGAUCGGGAAAGUCCGCGAGGUCGACGAAUCCACCGAUAGGGCUUCCAUCGGAUUGAUUGUCGACGGAGUCCGAAUAGUCUACCCGGAUCUGUUCCUCGGCUCAAGAAUUGCGGUUCACGGGAUUGACGGCAUUCUUCUCACCGGCCUCAACAUGAGCCGAGAUCAUGAUGACGCCUCGCCGCUCGGAUCUCCGGCCCCGGCGCCAUUCCACCCUCCUACUCCGGCGCCUGCUUUGGAUCGGAAUCUUCCUGCCGCUCCGCCGCCGAACGAUGCGCCGACAUCAUCUUUCGUUGGGAAUAUUCCGGCGGAUUGGACCCAAACGCCGGAGUCCUCUUUCAGUGGGAAUAUUCCGGCGUCUGAGAUUGAUCGGAAUGAUGUUCGUUUUGAUUGGGUGGGGACUCCAAGAAUCUCGCAGGAUCAGAUAGAGAAGAUGAAGAGACUGGGGAUGAAGCUGCCGGGAAAAGGUCUCCAGAAGGGGCGGCGCCGCUACCCGAGGCGUAUAGCGCUCGGUGAUCUGUAAACUGUAUUGAUAUAAUUCAGAUAUUUUUGGGGUAAAUAUGUCAUUUGGUGAAGCUCUUCCGUUCAAAUUGCUGCUCAAAGUGAAUUUUACGAUAUUGAUUUAGCAAGUGGAGAUCACUCACUGUGUUCAUCUAAAUCUUCAUUCUUUCACCAAAUAUCAGAGUUUGUAGUUCAAUUUU